AUGAAACAACUUUCUGCAAGCCCAGACCUAUUGCCACUCACACCUCGAACAAACGAACUCUAUAAGAGAAAACGAAUGGCAGACAGAAUAGAGUUUCCAGACGUUAUAGAAAUGCAAGAGUACAUCACUGUACUGGAAGAAAUAGUACAACGGAAAAACGAAAUAGUUCAAGAUUUACUACAGAACAAAAAUAAGUAUCAAGCAAUUGAUAAUUUAAGAAUUUGUGAAGAGCCAAUAAAAUGUGCGGAUGCUUCAAUGGACUUUUUACUCACUUUAAUAGAAGACAACCCAUUAGAAAUUAAGACGAAAAUUAUUAAAAGGUGGCAAACCAUAUUAGAAAACAAGACGGACUUUACGAAAAAGAGCUUUUUAAAUUUCAAAGCAAAACCAAAACCCAAAUUUGAGUACUCUGAAAUCUCCGAAGUUUCGGAGUCCGACUCCGACGUGUCAACUUUACAACCACUGGACGGGAUUGACCAAGUCCGUUGUGAACUUCCAAAAGCUAAAUCGAAUCACGAGCUUUAUUUAGCGCUAUUGACAGACUUUUCCUCGACACAACGGAUAUACUACGAUCAACUGCAAAUCCUCACGCAACUCUUUAUAUCACCGCUAAGAAGUCAAAACACUAAUUCAGUUGCAAUUAAAAAACUUGAUGAGACUAUUCCGGGUAUAAUGGCACUCGAGAGGAAGAUAUCAAGGGCACUCCAAUUGAAAGAAAGUAACAUGUGGGAGAUCAUUAGAGCGUCUGUGAAGGAGAUGCGGAUAUACAUCCCGUACAUCACCUCGCGAUUCAUUUACCGGUCGGAGGUCGUCGAGAAUUGUAUGGGUCUCAAUUUCAAAGAGGCGCAGAGUAAAUUACUGGCAGAGUACACGGCGAAGAACGGAAACAUCCAACUGUUACCCGUCACGGCGUAUUUGGACGCACCGGUGAACAGGUUUUUGAAGUAUCCGAAGAUCUUCGAGAACCUCCUCGGAGCGAUUGAUAACAAAAGCAGUGAAUACCCGUUGCUGACGUCGUGUUAUACGAACUUGAACAAAUUGAAUAAGAAAUUGCAAAUCAGUAAAAACACGAUUGAAAUGUCGAACUCGUUGUAUCAACUGCAAACAUUGUUUAAACAAAAAACCGUCUUCAUGAAGGACAGAAUGUUGGUCCACUUUGGACCACUCAAAAUCGUCGAGGAGAAAAACGACUGGAGAAUGUGCUUCUUGUUCAAUGACGUUUUCAUUGUCGCUAAUGCAAUGGUCCCUAAUAAAAGUGACGACGUCGACUUGAUGAUGAAAUUUGAAAACGUGCCAAGUGGAAAGAAUGUGGAGUGUCUUAAAAAAUACAUCUUUGAAGAAGAGUCGAGGUUUUACUUGAACAAUGUGACUAUUAAAAAUGUGGUUGAUACGCCUUACGUGUCUAAUAUGUUUAUGAUAAAGUCAGGCGAAGCAGUUAUACACUUGUCGUGUUAUGGACUUAAAGAAAGGUUAUUGUGGACUACAAAUAUUAAUGCACUCUUAUAA